AUGUGGUGUCGGCGCACCCGGGUCGAGUGUUGUCUAUGCGCUUCUCGUCUUGACGCCGUGGGGUUUACUUGUCAUCGAAACACGGUUGCUGGAUCUUCGUUUGGAGUUCAGUUCUGGAAGACGGGAAGCCAGGUUCCCAGUGUGGCACCCUUCCCCGUCGUGGUCGUGCUGUCUCACGUCACUGGCGGAAUCGACCUCUGCCUGCCCGCGCUGGGAGGAGUCAAGUUGGUGGAGCUGAAGGACGGAUCGUACAAGGCACGGUUUGGGGCCGACAAUGAGAGGGUAAUGACUCUAAGGGGCUUGAUGUCUGAGGCUCAGGCCCAAGGCAAUGGAGAGCUGGAAGCGAUUCUCAAACAAUACGACGCUAUCCUGGAAGGAAAUAGCACCAAUAUCCCUAUCACGAAGCGCCGGAUUGCCCUCCUACGGUCCAUGGGCCGCGUCUCGGAUGCCGCAUCGGCUCUCGUACAACUCCUCGACUUCUCCCCAACCGAUGCCGAGGCCUGGUCUGAGCUGUCCGAUCUAUACUUCACACAAGGGCUGUAUUCGCAAGCCAUCUACGCGUUGGAGGAGGUCCUCCUCUUGACGCCCAAUGCCUGGAACAUACACGCACGUUUGGGAGAGUUGCAGUACAUGGCUGCCACGACUUCCGGAAACGGUGGUGGAUCCCACGGAAAGUACUUGGCCGAGGCCCUCAAGCGGUUUGCUCGGAGCAUUGAGCUGUGCGACGACUAUCUCCGUGGUUACUAUGGGCUGAAGCUGGUCACCACAAGGCUCCUUAAGGAACAGACCAAGCAGGCCAAGCAAACCCACGAUGGCGAGUUUACUCUGCCUGAUUUCAAGAAAAUCGAGCGUCUCGACGAGCUUGCGACCGCGAAGCUUUCAGAAAUCGUUCGUCACAGCACUCUCAAGGACAGGGGCUGGCGCGGCUAUGACGAGCGUGAGGUUGCAGUCGCCCGGGAAUUGCUCUCACAAAAUGGAAUUGAGAGGUGA